AUGGUGAGUUGGCUGUUGCUAGUUGACCGUGUUGUUACAGGACAGAACGUAGUGGUAUCCCAACUUCCGGAGUCCGUAUCGGUGAAAGCAGGAGAGACCAUCACUCUAGAGUGUACAUUGACUGGAGGAAAUUUACCUGGAGGCGUGCGGUGGUACAAAGGGAUGGACAGAAAACAGGCCAUUUACAGUGAUAAAGAAGGAACUUCCAACAAGGGGGUCAGAGUCAUCCCAGGAUCCAACACGGACUUCAGCAUCAAGAUCCAAAACGUCCGUCCUGAAGAUGCUGGGACCUACUAUUGUGUGAAGUUCAGGGCAGGGGCCCAAGAGAGCAAGCUAGCUUCCGGGAAAGGCACUCUAGUCUCCGUGAUCGCCAUGCCAUCCCGGCCUGCGAUUAUUGGCCCCACGGGAAGAAUCACGGCGGGGUCUCGGGCCUCCUUCAGCUGCUCCACAGGGGGAUUCUCCCCCCAAGAGAUCACGGUCAGCUGGUUGAAGGAUGGGAAAAAAAUACCGGCUUCACCAGCCGAAAUCCUGAAUUCGGAUGAAAAACAGAGCAUCUCGUACCGAGCGGAGAGCACGGUGGACAUCCAGCUGGAGCAAGGAGACGUGAAGUCUCAGCUGAUCUGCCAGAUCGAACACACAUCGUUGGAUGGACAAGGUCCUCUCCAGGAGACCUUCGCACUUGGGGGUGUCCUAAGAGUUCCUCCCAAGGUGCGUCUUGAGACCAGCCCACCUUCUCCCGUCCAGCUGAACACCACCGUGACGGUCACUUGCAACGCAGAAAGCUUUUACCCAGAUGGGGCAACGCUGGAGUUGUUUGCCAAGGAUGUCCGAACCGGAAAAGGAACGGUUGGCCCGAAGAGCUCGAAUCCAGACGGGACUUUUUCCCUCAGCAGCCUAGAGAUGAUGGCCAGCGAAGAGAGGAACUCCUCCGUGUUCCUUUGCCAGGUCCAGCACGACUCCCAGCCUCUGGUCAACACAACUAUCACGCUCUUGAUCAGCAUGCAACCUGAAGAGGGGAAAGCUUCGGCUGAUGGGCAAGGAAACAAUAGUACAACCAUGGUGAUCAUUGGCGUGGUGGUGUGUGCCCUUGUGGUUGUGUUGGUGAUUGCGGUUAUCUACCUCAUCCAAACAAGACACAGAAAAGGUAAAGAUUCCACAUCUGUAAGGCUCCACGAAGCUGAGAAAUCUCCACCACCGACGAAUCAGGACACCGAUCCCAACAACGUGGCCUACGCAGACCUAAACUUCGAAAAGGUAGUCCAGAAGAGACCCGUCCCGGGGGUGGAAAGCCCCCUGCAGUCGGAGUACGCCACUCAGGCGGUGCAGCAGCCUUUGCCCAAUGACGACAACGUAACCUACGCGGACUUGGAUAUGGUCCAGCUGAACAAAGCGCCGAAACGGCCGGCGCCGAAGGCCGAGGAAGCCAGUUCGGAGUACGCCAGCGUCCAGGUGCAGAAUAAGUGACGGAGAGAGAGGAGGCAGCCAGCUUAGGCGCUCCAAGGAUCUCUGAACCAAGCGGGUUGGGGGCAUCUUCUGCUAGGGCUCGGACUCUCGGUGUCGUGCUCCUCCCAGGUCUCGGCGGGAAUCCCUUGGAAACUGUUUGGUGCUACUCAACGGCUGCGUCCUGGUUUCUGUGCGUUUCAUUUGGAGCGUCUUCUUUCCCUGCUCGCCCGAGUGGACGGAAGGCUCACGACGGAUCUAACACGGCUUUUCUCACCCGAGCACCCACUCUCUCUUCCUCAUACGUCAACCACACGCCCCCCCCCCAUACACACACCCCACCUCGCCCAAGGACAAACAGACCACGAGAGGCCGGUGUGUGGGUGCAGGCUGGUUGCCGUGUCUGGCUCUUCCCUUGAUGGAAGCUCUCCUCGUUGGCCGUGGAGGUCCCCAAGCUGCUGAGAUGCCACCUUGAGAUUCCUCCCUCCGUUCGGUGGGCCCAGCUCACCCCUAAAACUGAAACCAACUUCUGGGUUGGGCCCUGUGGUUUCCUUCCGGGUCAGGAGGAGGAGACGACGACGGCU